GUGGUUAACCAUCGUGUAACGUUCAGGGCAGAACAUCGCUCGCUUGUUGUUUGUCUCGGUUUGCCGGUCAGUCUCGUCACUAUCUGGCUUGUGGUUCUUGUGCCAAAAACUGUACAUCUCGUAGCAUCAUAACGUUGCAAUCGCUGCUGGGGGCAAGGUGGUAAUCUGCGUGUGUGCUACAUACUCCGUCGUGUUGCUUAAGGCCUCCCUUUUCCCUCUCACGGCGGUGGUGUUCUACGGUCUUUCCUGAUCCGCUGCAGAUGAAUAUGACAGCGCGGGCGACGGACGUGUUGCGCGUUGCUCGAAAGCGGUAGAGACGCAGAGCAGAGAAAGAGAAAGAGAGAAAAAAGAGAGAGAAAGAGAGCCCCUUUCCACCCUAAAAAAAAACAAAACAAAAAAAAUGGACGCGAUGGACAGCUUCGAACCGAUCCUGGUCGACGUCGAUUGCAGCCGGUACGAGGAGGAUGCGUUCUCGCUGCUGGACAAAUCGCGUGACGUUAAUGUGGUGCGCGAUCUGCGCUCCUCGACGGUGGCAGCCUUCGACCAGACGAGCUUCCCGCAGCUGAACAUCUCGUCGCGCACGCAGCUGAAGCAGCAGCUGUACCGAGAGCAGACGAAGAACAGCGAACCGGCCCGGUCGCGGUCCGGUGCGGUGGAUGGGUUCGGCGGUCCCGGCCACGUCCUUUCCGUGCAGUUCCCGCUCGAAAGCAUCGACAUCGAGCUGCCGAAGAAGGUGCUGCAGGUGGAGACGCGGCUCGAGAACCCGACGCGCUACCACGUCAUCCAGAAGCAGAAGACGCAGGUGCGGGAGUACGUGACGGCCGCCCUGAAGCUGACCAAGCAGAACCUGGUGCGCGAAUCCUGCCGGCACACGCGCCUCAUGAUACUCGGCCGGCUGUACGAUUCGUUCAUCAGCACCAAGCCACCUUCGGGGCCGGGUGCCAGUGCCAGUGCCGUCGCCACCGUCGCCUCAGGUACAACCGCUUCCGGUGCCACCGUACAGUCACCGAUCGGGGGUGGUAGUAGCGCUGGAUCGACCGCCAGCAUCGGUUCCACGCACAUUGGCCGGGUUGGUGGUGCGUUGGUAGCGGCGGCGUCGGCGGCGACGGCAUUCACGGUAGCGAUGGCGUCCGCGGCGACAUCCGUCAACACACCGUCAUCGUCGUCGGUGGCGGCGGCAGCGUCGACGUCGGCAACGCCAACACCGAUCGAACAGCAGGCCGAGUGGCGGCUGGAGAUGAAGCUGUCCUGCCGCUUCGGCAACAAGCUCUACCGGACGUUCGUCGACGAGUUCGAUUACGUGCGCGAUCUGCUCGGGCUGAUCCGGUUCGAGAUACCGAAGUGGGUCUUUGUGGUGUCGGAGUUCGAGGAUGAGAUCUCGUCGUACGAGUGUAACCGGGCGGCCCGGGCCGCCCAGCAGGCGGCUGCCGCCGCCGUACAGUCGGCAUCGGCAGCCCCGGUCCCUGCGGCCGCUGACUUUCUCGGUCUCGGUCUCGGCCGGCCGGGCUUGCUGGCGGGCGGGAGCGAGAAGGGUGCGAAGCACGAGAAGUUCAUCGAGCCGGAGGUGCGCGAUCGGAUCAAGAAGGAUAACCAUAACUGCAGUAGGUAUCGGGGGGAGUGGGCGUCGGGCAUCGCAGCGCGCAUGAUGGAAGAUGGGAUGUGUUUUUAUUAUUAGUUUCGCGUUGAUGACUUACGCGAUGCACGCUAUCUGGCAAUAUUUGAAGCUAUUAUGCACUGCAAAAAAUGGGGUGAACGGACGAAACGAACAGACCUUUUGGCACCUUUCGAACCAUAUAAUAUGGCAGACCAUUAAUUUCCGAAUGAUUUCCAUUGAAUCUCAAUCUUACUCAAUACUUGAUCACGCUGCUAGCACAGUAGUCUUAGCAAGCAAACCUCCCCGUUCUCUCUUCUCUCUCUCUCUCUCUCUCUCUCUCUCUCUCUCUUUCUCUCUGGAUCCCCGGAUCAGCAUCCCUUCCAAGCACAACCCUCCGAGACCAGCGAGAGGCCAGGAUGCCGAUGCCGUGAGCGUGAGCUGUACCAACGUUCUCUGCUACAAAUAAAAUUUGGAAUUGAAAAAAACAAAAAC